AUAUUUACUGCCCAGUCCUUUGUGAAAAAGGUUCACCAACCCCAGGUCUAAGUUAAUCCCGAUGACCUCAUUUUCCAGCUUCCCCUGCUGCUGAUGGGAGGUCCGCAGGCUGUGGUUGUUGAGCAGAUCGUGUAGCGCCUCUGAACCUCAGUUCCUGACCUGUCACUGCAAACACUUUCCGCACAUUCUUUCACUGAACAGAACUCACAACCGCCCCUGAGGGACACUCACGUGUAUAAAGCAUGAAGAGGGGGCAGUGACAGCACUUCCACCGGCAGGAGCGGGGGCCAGCACCAGCCGUGCCAUCCCGCGGAGUGUCCGGCAGCGGCAUGGCUCAUGGAACCCGUCCUGUGGCCGGCUGGCUUUCCCGGAAGAUUGGCUAAUUUCUACUCAUCUGUCUGCACAUUCAGUGACUCAUUGCCCUGCCAUCUCAGUUCUGUUGCUGAGCCCGUCCAGUUAAUAAAACUCGGUUUUCGAACAUUUUGCUGCCCCAGGAGGGCAAUGGGCCCCUGUCCAAUUCAUCAGCGACCUAACGAGCGGCCCCGGAGGUCCUGGCCCGCCCAUUCCAGAAGCUCUCUCUGCCUUGUAAAGCUGCCCACCUGGAGCCCAGGGGAGCAGGAACUCGGAGGGGAGCUUAUGCUCGUCGUGCCUGCAGUACCCGGGACGUGGAUGCGCUGUCUUGGACCGUCUUACCACCCGCUUGGCCCUGAUGCCCACUCACGGGUGUCAUCCAGACAGUUGGCUGGGAUCUGGGGACUUCUUGUAACACCUGGCGGACCGGAGAUGCCCCACCACUCACGUCAGCACUGCACUUCGCAACCUUGGAGACAUCACGGAGACACUGCGGGAACGCUCUUCUCUCUUCUUUCCGGCAACCCAGUCAGAAAAUCCUGAUUUAUGGCAUUGUGCGGGCUUCCUGUUCCUUUCAACCCCAAGCGUCUCAAGCCGCGCCCGUGUUCCCAGGGCUGCCAUAGCCUCCCGCUCGCACGUCGCCAACAACAGAGUAAUGGACUUUCCAGGGCUUCCAGUCGUCCCAGACUUCAUCCGCCGCUUUUGAAAACUGGAGGCUAAAUUCUUGUAACAUGAAGUAGACCAUUUUAAACCGAACAGUCCAGCGGCAAGCCUCGUGGGUUCGGCGAAACCACCGCUGUCACGGCAGGACUUAUGCAUCACCCCGGAAGGAGACCCCAUGCCCACAGCCAGUCACUGCCACCCCGGCCUCCUCCCAGCCCUUGGCGGCCACUCACCUGCUUUCUGACCGUAGGUUUGCUUGUUCCGGAAUGGCCUUUUGAGACGGGCUUCUUUCACUUGGCUCGUAUUCGAGCGGAAGGGCUCCGGAGCCCCACAGAUAUGGGUCCAGUCCUGGCUCUGCCAUUUCCUGUGUUGGGCAGCUUCAAGCACGACUCUCCAGCGCUCUGACCCUCAGUGUCAUCUGGAAAGGGAAGAAAACCACCACGGCAGUUAGCCAGUGCUCACCGAGUGUUGCCCUGCUGAGCACUCGCUGUUUCACGGCGAUGACGUCCCACCACCAGCUCUACAUGACGGGUGCUGAGGAACAGAGAGGUUCGGACAUCUGUCCUGGGCCACAGCCCUUGGUAAACGGUAAAACCUGGGCCCCCAGCCAGGCCUUCUGGCUGAGCCCUUGGGCCCCUACCUGAGGCUCCCGGCCCCGCUGUGACUGUCUUAAUUCGAUGUGAUUGUUCCUUGAAAAACUUCCACUGGCAGGUGGACAGACCCAGGUAAUGAGGCUGCUCGUCACCCACCCCAGCCACAGAAACGCUAGAACUCAGUGAGUCCCGCCCCUCGCCCAGGCCUGGCUGCUUCUCUCCGCAUGAAGUAUUUCCUGCGCGUCUCCCAGGGGUGCUGCUGUAAGCUUUCCCUUCCCCCGCUCCGUGCUCUCGGCACGUCCGAAACUUCGACCAGGGGCCCGACCCAGGGAGCGCUUGUUGCCGGCUUGCUGCCUGGGUGAGCGCCAUGAGUCUGAUGAGCCAGCUGUCUGUGAGUCCCCACGUAGGAGUCACUGCUGGUCCCCCAGGAGCUAAGAAGAACCCUCGUCUCCCUGGGCCUGGGAGAGCUGAGACCUCCCUGGAGACGCAGGCCUGGAAUCCCGCAGUGGAAGCAGGUGACGGUUACGGCCUGGGGAAGCACUCCUAAGCCUCCAAGGAAAAUACCCUGUGUUUACGCAGGGUCCUGUGUCCAGCUCAGAGGCCCUGCAGGCAAGGCUGAGGAGGCCGAGGCUCGGACAGCCGGCAUGCACGUCCCCCAGGCCGCCGCAGCCUGCAUGUGGAGCCGGGAGUGCGUGGGAGUCCCCCUGUCUGCUGGGACGGGUGGCCCCAUGUGACAUGCGUGGUCUGGCCAGACCAGGUCCCCAUGCGCUGGGGUCCCUGCCCGGGGUGCCUCUGACCUGCAUUUGAGGGCAGCACUGAGGGAUGGGGUGGCUCUUCCCAGGCCCAGUAUCCACCCCGUCCCAGGUCUGUGAGCUCCUGUGGUCACUCGAACCACCGAGGGACAUGGCCACCGGCUCCAGGACACCACUGUUCUUGCUGGCUGCCUCCCCCUUGCUCCCUGUCCUCGUCCCACCCGCCUCUCUGAACUACUCCCUUCAGGACAUGACUUCCAAUUCCCGACAGAGAUGAAGGGUCAGGAUUCAGGAACAACAUGUCAGAAUUUAUGGGAAUUCGCCGAGUUCCUGAGCUGUGAAUUACUCUGCAUUUUCCCCAUCACUUGAUGUGAUUUAAGUACGAAUGAGAGACCCGGAGAGUAAAUCCUGCAAUAGGCUAAUGUGAAAACGUUCAGAAGUUUGUUUUUUCUUUUAAAUUAACAUAAAAUGAUAAAUGCAUGGUUUAUCG